ACCUCAAAGUCCAACAUGAUGUUCGCAAAGCUUGUAACAUUUCAGUAUAUUCUCACCACCUUUUUCUUUUCACUUUUAAGGUUCUAUUCCUCGGAAGUUUCUGGUGUAUCUUUAUCCAACGGUACUGUUAUGUUUGGCUAUGAAGCUGUCGAAGAUGAAAACAUUGAAGCAAGUGCUCUAUUGAAGUGGAAAGCCAGCCUUGAUAACCAAAGCCAGGUUUCCUUGUCUUCUUGGUCUACUUUCACUACCCCUUGCAAGUGGAAGGGGAUAGUUUGUGAUGAAUCCAACUCUGUCAGCACUAUAAAUCUUAAAAACUUUGGACUACAAGGUACACUUCUCAAUCUAAACUUGUCAUCCUUUCCUAAGCUUCUGAGGUUGUAUGUAAGUUACAACAACCUCAGUGGACCUAUUCCUCGUCAAAUUGGUAACAUGUCCAAAAUUUCUGUGUUGGAAAUGAGACAUAAUUAUUUUAGUGAUUCCAUCCCCCUGACAAUUGGAAUGUUGACAAAUCUUGUUACACUUGAUUUAUCAUCCAACCUUCUCUCUGGUACAAUCCCUUCACUUAGAAACUUAACAAAUUUAGAACACCUUAUCCUCUUCCGCAACCUUCUCUCUGGUCCCAUUCCUGAGGAUUUGGGAGGACUUCAUCAUCUCAGAACAAUCAAGUUGUUAGAUAAUCAUAUUUCUGGGCCAAUCCCUUCUUCCAUAGGAGACCUGCCUAAUUUGGUGAAACUUCAGCUCACUCGAAAUAUACUAAACGGGUCAAUUCCUUCCUCUCUUGGAAACUUGACAACACUCGUUGAAUUGUCCAUAGCUGAAAACAAGCUUUCUGGAUCAAUUCCUGCUUCCAUAGGAAACUUGGUCUAUCUAGAAAGGCUUAACCUUGCACAAAACAAACUUUCUGGACAUAUUCCCUCUACCUUCAGAAAUUUGACUAAGCUUACCUUUCUAUUACUUUAUGUGAACAAACUUACCGGAAGCUUCUCAAUAGCAACAAGUAACCUGACCAAUUUAGUAAACUUACAACUAAGCUAUAAUCAUUUCACUGGUCCUUUGCCACAAUAUAUUUGCCUUGGAGGGUCACUUCAAAAUUUUGCAGCCAAUGAAAAUCGUUUGACUGGUCCAAUUCCAUCAAGUUUGAAGAACUGCUCUAGUCUUAUGAGGCUCAACCUUGCAAAAAAUAUGUUGAUGGGAAAUAUUCCAAAUGAUUUUGGUCUGUAUCCAAAUUUGAAAUACAUAGAUCUGAGUAGAAAUGCCUUCAACGGCAACCUUUCAUCAAAUUGGGUCAAAUGUCAUAAUCUCACAGGCCUAAUUAUCUCAUACAACAGAUUAUUCGGUGGUAUACCCCCAGAGUUAGGCCAGGCACCUAAAUUACAAAUGCUUGAACUUUCUUCAAAUCGUCUAACAGGAAAGAUUCCAAAAGAACUUGGGAACUUGACCCAAUUGUUUCACCUCUCCAUAAGUAAGAACAAUCUUUCAGGCAAUAUUCCCAUUGAAAUUGGUUCCUUAAAGAACCUUCAGCUCUUUGAUCUUGCAACAAAUAAUUUAAGCGGUCCAAUCCCAAAACAGCUCGGCAGGUUGCUCAAGUUAAAUCACUUGAACUUAAGCCAUAACAAUUUCACGGAAAGCAUUCCAUCUGAAUUUAGCCAAUUGCAACAUCUUCGAGAACUUGAUCUUAGUGGGAAUUCUUUGAAUGGAAAAAUUCCAGCAACACUUGGAAAAUUGAAGAUGUUGGAAAACUUGAACCUCUCCCACAACAAUCUCAGUGGAAACAUUUCUGCCAGUUUUAAGAAUAUGUUCAGUUUGACAAAUGUUGACAUAUCUAACAACCAGUUAGAGGGUCCAAUUCCUAACAAUCGAGCCUUUCUUAAUGCUCCAUUUCAAGCACUGCAAAACAACAAAAACUUGUGUGGCCAUGCUUUUGGGCUGAUGCCUUGCCCGCAGGUCUUGAGCCACAGUCCUAAUAAUAUCAAGACCAUGAUGUUUUUACUAUUCCUUGCUUUGGGUGCACUAUUUGUGGUUGGAGUUUCACUAUAUAUUCAUUCGCAAAAAGCAAGAAAAAAGAAAAAGCAAGAGAAAGAAGAACAAAAUCGAGAUCUUUUUUCUAUAUUGCAUUAUGAUGGGAAAAUAGUGCAUGAAACCAUCAUCGAAGCAACAAAUAAUUUCGAUGAAAGAUAUCUCAUCGGAAAAGGAGGGUUUGGAGGUGUUUAUAAGGCCAUCUUACCCUCUGGCCAGAUUGUUGCUGUGAAGAAACUUCAGGUUGAAGUUGACAGGGAGAUGGUUGAUUUUAAGGCUUUUACAUCUGAAGUUCGAACCUUGACAGAAAUCAAACAUCGUAACAUUGUGAAGUUGCAUGGGUUUUGUGAACAUCCACGCUAUUGUUUCUUGGUUUAUGAGUUCGUAGAAGGUGGCAGCUUGGAUAAAGUACUAAGCAGCGAAACACAUGCAGCAAUGUUUGAUUGGAAUAAGAGGGUUAACGUUGUUAAAGGAGUGGCAAAUGCUUUGUAUCAUAUGCAUCAUGGUUGCUUUCCUCCUAUCAUUCAUCGAGACAUAUCAAGCAAGAAUGUUCUUAUAGAUUUGGAAUAUGAAGCUCGCUUAUCUGACUUUGGAACAGCAAAGAUUCUGAACCCUAAUUCACGUAAUUUAACUUCGUUUGCAGGCACUUGUGGAUAUGCUGCACCAGAGCUUGCUUAUACAAUGGAAGUGAAUGAGAAAUGUGACGUGUUCAGUUUUGGGGUGCUUUGUUUGGAAAUAAUAAUGGGAAAUCACCCAGGAGAUCUGAUUUCUUCUAUGCAUUCACCAUCUUCAACAUCAGUAACAGCUAAUUUGCUAUUGAAGGACGUGAUGGACCAACGACUACCUCUUCCAGUGAUGCCAGUUGUUAAGGAGGUGGUCAUCAUUGCAAAAGUGGCAUUUGCUUGUUUGAAUGAAAGACCACUUUCUCGUCCAACCAUGGAAGAUGUUUAUAACAAGUUUGUUAUGCCUAAGUCACCUUUAACGAGGGAGACACUCAACACCAUUGUACUUGGACAACUUCAGAAUGAUUGAACAUGCUUUUCUUCUGUGUUCCAAUAAGUUAGAGUUCCUUUUUCCUCUCUUAUGCUGCUUCAUGUGUGUUGAAGCUUGUCUGCAAAUAUUUCGCAAUAAAUUGGUGGUAUGCAAUAAAU